CGAUGAAUCAGACAAGCGCAAUAUCAUGAGCAUGUCGCAGCUAGAGCGAGAAGAGAUCUUGGGACAGCGCGCGGAAGAGAUGAGCAAAGCAAACUUCCAGGCAGAGCUGGCAAGGCGUGCUGCUAUGCAGAAUGACAGAAAGAGGAAGGCUGACUCCGAGGACCCUGAUGAUGCGAUGCGCAAGAGUAGCCGGCCGAAGGUGCAGCCCAGGAAGAAUGAGAAGCUCGAGGCAUACAAACGCGAACGAGAACAACGUGGUCAACAACGACAGCGACAAGACGACCGGCGCAACGGCCGCCGGAGGUCGAGCUCGGCAGAUCGGGAUGGCCCUUCAGAUCUCGACGCUGAUGGCGACAGUGACGUCGAAUGGGACGAUCGAGUACCAGAGAAGGCCCGCGAAGAGCUCCCCGCCACGCUGCGCGACUUUGAGUCAGUCCGCGUUGGUAGAGGCUUCUUCUCAGAAGUCUGCUUCUACCCCGGAUUCGAGGAAGCCAUGACUGGCACCUUUGGACGCGUUGGUGUGGGUCAGGACGCUCAACGGAGGACCCUGUACAAAAUGGCUCAGAUCAAGGGCUUCUCCACAGGCAAACCCUACGUGUUCGAAGGCAAGAACGGCCAGCGCAUUGCAACAGACCAAUACGUCGUCGCACAGCAUGGGUCAGUGAAGAAGGACUACCAGUUUCAGUUCUUGUCGAACCAGCGCUUCCUAGAGACCGACCUCGACAUUUACAGGCAAUCCCUCUCAGAAACGAACGCCAAGGUUCCUACGCAAUCCUUCCUACAGCGGAAAUACGAUGACCUCAAGGCUCUCCAGAACCACUACUGGACCGACGCCGACAUCAGCGCACGCAUCGCCAAAUCCAAGAAAUACUCUCACCUCCUCCACCGAAGCAACUCCGAUGCUCAACCCAAGAUUGCCACUCAGUCCGAAACCGCUGCCGCCCAAAUCGCUGAACUCAACCGCAAGAACCGCAUACUAGAAGCAGAGCGCGUACGGAAAGCACAGCUUGAUCAACAGCGCCAGAAGAAGUUUGAGCAGAAGAAAGAAGCCGCACGGCGGAAGGCGGAAGAGGAGGCCAAGAAGGCACAGGCAGAGGCUAUGCUCAACAAGAAUAAUCUAGACGUCGAUGCGCUGUUUGAUGGCGAUGGAAGCUCGCGGGCGAGUACGCCAAAGCCCCAAGAGAAGAAGAAGACGGAGCGGAAGGGCUUACCGACGUUUCGGAAGCCGAAGAUGGAUGAUGACAUUAUUGCCAGCAUGGAUAUGGGCGUCGACAUUGAGAUCUAAGUACUCUUCAGAUUCAGAAGAGAUCUGGCUUGCAUGAGCAGAUUCUCUAUGCGCCUGUCGUCGAAGAGCUGCAGACGAACGUCGCCCAUCCUACGAUCAUCUUGUGGAUCUCCUACCAUCUACACGACCACUUGGGAUAUCGCGACCGUCACUAGCGUCCACGAAUCAGAUGCUUCUAACUUGACUAGUUAAAAGUUUUGGUUUAGAGCACCUACCUCUGUUCAUUUCGGGUUUCUUUCAUUACUGGCCUUUAUUCCCCAGUCAGGUUCAAACAUUGCACGGCGUUGGGAGCCUGGAAACUUGGCGGAAAACAACAGAUCUUCAUAUCUUGCAUUGAACUAGAAGACUUUUCGGUAGUUAUGCGCUGCGGUGGUUGCGCUACAUCAUACCCCAAUUCCUGACUAGUAGUAAUUUAGAAAGAACAACCCUCUUCCUACGAUGCUGUUCUUUUCAAGUCGUUGCAAGUAUAUCAUAC